ACAUGUUACCUACGCUAUAAUUAUAGCAAAGUGCUCCUUGACCACAGCUGAUCCCUUGCUGGAAGCAUUUCCAAAAUUCGUCAUGGAAGGAAACUCCAGUGGGAACACCUACCUGGUCUUGGACGAGAACUCUAGUGAUAGUUAUGACGACACUGGAAAUACAUUUCAGUUUUACGCCUGGGGAAUCAUGGCCAAUUUUGUGUCUGUUCUUGGCCUGAUUGGAAACAUAUUGUCUAUCAUCGUACUGAGUGACCGGCGGAUGCGUUCCCCGACUUCAUGUUAUCUCAUUUCACUGGCUGUAUACGACUCCGUUGUUUUAUUGUCAAUGUGUCUAUCUUUGGCAAUCCCUACACUCAAAUACAAAACCAACCUGCUGGACGACUACUUCAAAUUCUACCCAUACAUGCAUGUGUAUGCCUACCCAAUAGCGCUUAUUGCCCAAACAGGUACCAUUUACACCACCGUGGGCUUUACUAUAGAGAGGUACAUAGCUGUCUGUAGGCCACUUCACGCAGCAGAAAUGUGCACGAUUUCACGCGCCAAGAAAGUCAUACUGGUCAUAUUUAUUUGCAUAGUGCUGUAUAACGUACCGCGCAUGAUGGAACACAGAGUCCUGGAACAGUGGGAUAACGUCACUAAUACAACCACUGCACAAAUCAUCCCCACAGACCUGGGCAAUGACCAAGUCUACAAGACGAUCUAUUUUAUCUAUCUUCAUUUAUUUAUCAUGUUCCUGGUGCCAUUUUCACUGCUAUUUGUGUUAAAUCUUCUGCUGAUAAGAGCCGUGAGGAAGUCUCGCCAAACGCGCCAAGAGAUGAGCGCCAGUCGUGCCAAGGAGCACAACUUAACAGUUAUGCUGAUAGCUGUCAUUGCGGCGUUCCUUAUCUGUCAGCUUCCCUCUAUUGCUGAUAAUAUCUUGUUUGUGGUCGGAGUGCCAUUCAACUUGGACUACAUCCGCUUCACAACCAUCAGUAACCUAAUGGUGGUCACAAACUCAGCCACUAACUUCAUCCUGUACUGUGUGUUUGGCAAGAAGUUCCGCAAAGUGUUCUUCCGAAUAUUCGGCUGUCAGAAAUGUCACAGUGAGAUGAAGAAACGUGGCAGCCUGAUGACCCGCACUCGCUGGACCUCCCGUCUUACUGAGAGCACAAAAAUGCAAUGACAUCAACUAAGCACUAGAGCUACAUGUACGAUGGAUCUGGGGAAAAGGGAUCAGAUAUAAGGGGUAAAGGUAGUGACCUUUGUACAGAGUUCACAUAUGACCAGCUAUGUGCAUAUCCAUAUGGACAGAACAAUAAUAACCAUUACCAGUUUAAUAAAGACAUAACUACCUGGCUGUGUUGGCAAAUACCGAUCAAAAAGAUAAACUAUUCCAAGGAAUAGGAACACUGGAUGCUGUGUCAGCAAAAAUGCUCUCCAAAGAGACCAAUCA